AUGAGCGACCUCAAGGAAAAACCCGAGACUCAAAAUGGUCAGCGGGACAAGGAAAAAGGAAAAUAUAGGUACCGCAUAGAAAUUCAGCAGAUGAUGUUUGUGAGUGGUGAAUCCAACGACCCACCAGAAAUCACUACAUCCCUGAUUGAGGAUAUUGUGAGGGAACAAGUCAUAGAGAUAAUAACGCAGUGUACAAAAACUUCGUCUCUGAGAGGUGUCAAGUCGAUUGCGCCCGAGGACGUGAUCUUCCUUAUUCGUCACGAUAAGGCGAAGGUCAACAGAUUGCGUACUUACUUGAGCUGGAAAGAUGUUCGUAAGAAUGCCCGGGAUCAGGAAAGUGGUGAUAUCGGAACCGGAAAUGACCUGAUAGAUGACUCUGCUGGAGCGAACGUUGCCGGGACUUCGAGUGGAGCAAUUGACAAUAAGAUGCUAGCCAAGCAGAAGAAGUCCAAGAUCAGAUUGCCCUGGGAACUACAGUUCAUGUUUAGCGAACAGCCUCUUGACGAUGGCAAGGAUGACAAUAAUCUUGAUGAUGGUGAGAGAGAGGCUGCUAUUGCUGGUCUAAAGAGAUUGAAAGCAAACGACGACAGAACGAAGAACAUGACGAAGAAAGAGUACGUUCAUUGGUCUGAGUGCAGACAGGCCAGCUUCACAUUCCGCAAGGCCAAGAGAUUCAAAGAUUGGUGUGGGCUUUCGAGUCUGGUAGACUCCAGGCCUCAUGACGAUGUGAUAGAUAUUCUGGGAUUUCUCACGUUUGAGAUAGUGUGCUCUCUUACGGAAGAGGCACUCAAGGUGAAAGAACUACAGCGAGCCCAGCUGGAGACCAAGAACGGAAUUAUACAGGAGUCAAAGAAACGGCAAAGGCAUUACCUGUUUGACGAGCCUGAAGAGGCCGCCAAACCAAUACAGCCUCACCACGUCGACGAGGCCUGGCGCAGACUGCAGCGAGGAAUAUUCGCUACAAAGACGUUGGGCAACUUCAAUGGGUUCAGAUCGCGGUAUAGGCCCAGACUGAUUUGA